GUUGACGCUGCGGUUUUUUUUGGCCAAAGUUUUGAUCCGUAAAAAAUGAUGCCAUCUAGCGUCGUGGCCAGGAUUUUCGAACUUCUGGUUGGCUUUGUGUACCCUAGCUACCAGUCUUACAAGGCUAUUCAACAGAGGGACAGCCUAAAAUAUACCCAAUGGCUAAUCUACUGGAUUGUAUUUUCUCUGUUUCUCUCAGUGGAAAAGUUCUCUGACCCUUUUGUUCUUUGGAUCCCAUUUUAUUACGAGACGAAGAUAUUGACCCUACUGUGGCUUGUCAGCCCUGCCACGAAGGGCUCCUCCGUCUUCUACGCCCGUCAUCUGCACCCGUUCCUCGUCAGAAGAGAACAAGAGAUUGACAACUUGAUCAGAGCUUUCAAUUCGCUGAGUUAUGCUGCCAUCAAAAACCUCUUCAAGCAGGGAUUCAAUCUCUUUUGUGUCCUAUGUGGCCAGGUUAACCAUGGUUUCAUUGAACUUAUCAAGUUGAGAUACAACUUGAGGGAAGUUACUGAACAUGCAACAAGGUCAGUUAAUGAUGCAGUCGUUAGUUAUAUGCAUAUUAAGCGAUGGUGUAAUGGUUGCGCGCCUGCUUCUAAUGUUGCAGUGACCGCUUUCGAAUGCAAGCGGAUCCCCGUCUGUCACAUAUCACAUCAGCAGAGCAGACAGGCUGCUCCGGUUGAGCCGCUCGACGAGGAACAUUGUCUCAUCAACUCAAGAGAUAUCGCAUUCCAGACAGACGGCGUGGCGGUUAGCGAGGCUGGAUUUGGCGAUAGGAAUGUUAAAGAAACUCGCAGACUAUGUUCGCUGGGAUGGGGCAUGUUCGUGGCGAGAAAAUUUUGA